GACAGCGCAGAGCAAACUGCGUGCACUUUUGACAGCGCUCCAGAGUCUACUUCCGUAGCAUCAUUAUGCUAAUAUGCUAACAGACAUUAACAACUGCGUGAGGUUUUCUUUUCUACCGAAACCAUUUCGUAUCAAGACAUUUUGUCACAUAACGUGGUUAUUUGAGGUCAGUUAAUAUGUGUAUCGCAAUAACUGGUUCAUACCAAAGUGAGUUUAUUUAUUAUUCUUUUGUAUAAUUUAUGCCUGACCAUAUAUCAUGCAUUACGUAUACAAACUAUUUCACAUUAGGCUUAUACAUAGAAAGUAAUACAAAAAAUACAGGGGAAACAAAGAAAAAUACAGUUUCAUAUUUCAGAUUAAAUAUGUUAAAUACACAAUUAUUUUAGAUUCCCUUUUUAUUGUAUUAUGUGUUUUUAAUAGGGCUACUAUAUUGUCUUAAUUCUUGGAAAUAAGGUAGUUAUUUUAGCAUGAUCUUUAGCUCAACAACGUCCUCGAGUUACUGAUUGGUCCUCUCCGUAGACGCCUUUCAAUGACGUCUAACGGAUGCGCCUAAAGCUGCAACACGAGAGUUACAAGAACAAGUGCGGCCUCAAUGUCACGGAGUAUAAUCAGAAAACAGACAGACAAGAUACAUUUUUAAAACUCUGAUGUCGUUCUAUUUGGAUAUAUAGAGGAUAUUCUUCAAUAAGGAAUGACCUCUUGAAGAGCCCCCCCCCCCCCCCAAUCUCCCUCCCGCUUCGUCUUUUUCUUCUGUAGUUGAAGGUCCACUAUGUCCGUCCAGAUUUGUAGGCUGUUGGAGCUGAUGAUGCGCCCGGCUUGUUGCCAGACCAUCAGAAGCAGAUUAUGUUUGCAUAAGGCUGUGGGUCAUUCUGGCCUGUGUGUCUCUGGGGUUCCUGUGCUUCAUAGAAGGGCCUUCAGCCUGGACUCUCUCUCUUCGGGUCCUGGUCGACAUACACUUGGUCAAAGCUCCCAACAGCCUCUUGCAGAGAGGGCAUCCCCCUCCUCAGCGUUCGCUCAAAGGAACCUGUCUGCUGUGGCUCUACAGGGCCAGAGUCGUCCUCUGUGCCGAUAUGACUUCCUGGAUCUUGGUGAAGUCAAGGAGAAUACACGCCAUGCUCAGUCCUGUAAAAAAACCAGACAGUCCAUAGUGGACCCAGACCUGGCUCAGCUGGUAACACAGCAUAUAAGACUGGAGGAUUCUAAUGCUGUUAUCUUCGAAUGUAACCCAGGUCCUGGAGUGUUGACCAAGACUCUUAUAAAUGCUGGAGCUCAGAGAGUUGUGGCUCUUGAAGGGGAUAAGUUAUUCCUACCAGGAUUACAGGAGUUGGAAGGCCGUCUUGAUGGACAGCUGGAAGUGGUUCACUGUGACUACUUUAAACUAGACCCUUUGGGCAGUGGCAACGUUAAAUCCCCUGCUAUGUUCACUGACAAACUGUUCAACGAUCUGGGAAUAUCAGAGGCUAACUGGACUCAUGACGUCCCAGUGAAGGUGGUGGGUAUCCUUCCACUGUGUAACAACCGUGGCAGGCUGCUGAGGAUGGUUUACUCUUUGUUUGAACGGCAGUCUGUCUACAGAUAUGGAAGAAUUGAGCUCAACCUCUUCAUUCAGGAGAAUGAAUACCUGAAACUCGUUGCCCGUCCAGGUCAAAAUAUAUACUACAGACCCUUCGGUGUCCUCUGGCAGAUGGCCUGUGAUAUCGAACUUCUGCACAAGGAGCCCUGGGAGUCCUUUGUGUGCUCUUCAAAAUUGAAUAAACUUCGCUCUGUGCUUCCCAACGACCACCUGUGCUUGGUGCGCCUGACUCCACGGGCUGAUCUGUUCUCUAACGGCCUCACACCUUCUAAUGCUUCAACUAUGAUGAUGAUGGUCAAACAGUGUCUGGCAAAGAGGAAGGAUAAGCUCAUCAACAGGCUGAAUCUCUGGUCUCCAGACAGUGGGAGCAAGCUGUUGGCAGAGAUGAGCAUGCCGGAGGACAUACUGACAGGCCAUGUGUAUCCAGAGGAGUAUCUUCGACUGUUUGAGCUGAUGGACAAAAGUCAGGAGUUCACACAGAGCUGGCUUUAUGAAGAAGUAUUGGAGAACAAAGAGAGGGAGGGAUGGUGCUAAGAUAUGGACAUACAGGUCAUGUGUAUAGUUUUAUAAAACAAACGUAACCAAAUAUUAUAUGAUGACAGUGUAAUAUAAAUAAUAUAAUUUAUGAUUAUAUACAUAAACACAAAACUGGGAGUACAAUGUUCAUGAAAUGGCCACAGCAGAAGAACUUCAUUUGCCAUAUUUUAGUUUCCUCACAUAAUACACUCAUGUAGCGAAGUGUGUGCGACCUACUGAUCUUUUUGUCAAUGGAGGACAGACUUUAAAAUGAGCCUCUGUAUUGUUUGGAACUGGAAUAUCUAUAAGUUGAAUUUUAAGACACAACCUUGCAGAAAAAGUUGGUUUUGGGGGUUUAUUGAGAUUUGAUUGCCAGUGGGAAGGAACUUAAGAAGAGAUGUAAACAUGGUUGCAGAAUUAAGGUCUUAUGAUUACUUAAAUCAUAAAUCAUAUUAUCUCUAAAGGAAGACAACAGCACCAUGUCUACUAGGCCUCAAAGUAAAAGUCAUGGAUGCACCAUGUAAUGCAAAAUAUAUUAUAUUGCAAACAUUGCGUGUGUUCAACUAACUGAAAUAAUUGCAGUAUAGCGUGAAUGGAGUGUUACAGCACGGCCCUGCAUGUAUUUAGUUUUGCAUAGAAGUACAAACCAAGUUCAGCAGCACAGGAAGAAGAAGGAUGUUUUUUACUGUAUAACUUCAAGUCUUUGUAUAUUUUGUAUAUCUGUUGUGUGUGUGUAAGCUGUAAUUGUAUGAAAUGUCAAUUCUUGUGGAUUGUUUAAGCUGCGUGUGAAAUAUGCUUUCAAAGAUCUCAUUAAAUCAGAAUUUUGAUAUGUAAUGUGUAGGAGACAUUAAUUUCACGGCCGUUUAGUAGAUGCUCACAGCAUUGAUGCUUUACUCUUAGUAUGCGUGUUGGAAUAAAUCUAUUACUUUAUUUCUUUCGCAGCAGAUGCUGAUUUAUAAGUUUGGUGAUAUGCUUCUAAAAGUAACUAUUUUUGGAACGAUGCACACCUAUGUCCUGAAGCUUUUAUUUUUCUCUGUAAUCAGUGGUGGACAAUGCCUAAGUAAAUGUACUCAAGUACCGUACAUGGUAAGGAAAAGGUCCUCCACCAACUGCAAUAUGAAAGGGAUUAAAGCGUCCAUUCUCAAUAAUUACAAUCCAAUGAUAUAAAAUUAUUCUGAAAAGGGCCGUACCUUUUGUAUUCAAAUACAUUUGGAUGCCAUUUCCAUUUGAGUAACAUUUUAACAAAGGGCUUUUAUUGAUAAAAGCACUAGACCACUCGUUUUAGAAAAAAUCUGAUUACUUACAGUGAAACACAUAAAUAUGGGUUCUAAAAUAAAUGAUUUCACUGUAAAGAAUAAUUGGUGGUUUGGAUUAUCCGCCAUUUUUUUAGGGUUUUGAUUUAAAUGUCGCUUUGAAGAGUCCACACUACACAGAAUUGUGUGAUCUGGAACCUCCAGCAUUUUGAAGCACUGCUAACAGCUGGCUUUGCAAACACCGUGAAGUGUAAAUAGGUUAUCUAUAGAGCGUUAGACCGUUCAUCCAUGCCUGCACAGGUUUCUACUUCAGUCCUGAGGGGCAUUCUUUUUUUAAUUAAAAGCCAAAGGAAGCCAGCUGUAUGACUUUGAGCAGUACAGGUUUGUUAUUGUCCAUGAGAAAUAUAACUCAACACUUUCUAUACACAAUACUCCAAAAUCUGCAAAUAUACGGGUCAUUUCAGAAUUGCGGUUACAUUUGGUGUCCCAGCAAAAACAAUGUUAAUUAUUUUCUCCUAAAAAAAUAUUUUCAGACCCUGCUUUCAAUAUUAUCACUAAAUAGACUGUAUGUAAAAAAAAAAACAAUGGAGUACAUUUUUGCACAAUUUAUUUGUUAAAUAUUCAUCAAAUGAUUCCCACACCCUCCAAAACCAUCAAAAUUGCCUGUCCCAGGACAGAAAUUCACAUUUUCAACUUGAAUAAAUAUUACAUAAUUCACCAAAAUGUGCAGAUUUUUUAUGAUAAAUCUAUAAAUAUGUAUAUAAUCAGUUUCCUCUAACACAGCUGAUCUUGAUAUUUAAAAAAUAAAAAAUGUACCUGUCCCAGA